CAUCACGUGGCGUCAGGAGGGUGCUGGAAAGUCUGCACCGCUCAGACUGUUAUGCAAACUCACCUGAGCAGACGGAGAAAAUGCCUGUCCGUGCAGAGAAGUGGGAACUCGUCCCUCCCCCUCCUGUGAACUCCAAACAGCCAGGACCUCCCCGCUCGCUGCUGUACUCGGGCUCCAGGUUCACGGGACACCAGAAGAGUAAAGGGAACAGUUACGAUGUGGAGGUCGUGCUUCAGCAAGUUGAUGAAGAGAGCUGCUACUUGUGUGGGUAUCUGAAAAUCAAGGGACUGACAGAGGAAUUCCCGACUUUGACCACCUUUUUUGAUGGGGAGAUCAUCAGCAAGAAGUAUCCGUUCCUAACCAGGAAGUGGGAUGCUGAUGAAGAAGUGGACAGAAAACAUUGGGGCAAGUUCCUGUCCUUCUACCAGUAUGCCAAAAACUUCAACUCAGACAACUUUGACUACGAUGAGCUGAGGAACACAGACUUUGUAUUUAUGAGGUGGAAAGAACACUUUCUUGUGCCAGAUCAUACCAUCAAAGACAUCAAUGGUGCAUCGUUUGCUGGUUUUUACUACAUCUGCUUCCAGAAGUCCACAGGCACCAUAGAGGGGUACUACUACCAUCGGAGCUCAGAAUGGUACCAGUCACUAAGCCUUACCCAUGUUGUGGAGCACAGCUUCCCUAUCUACGAGUUUAGAUGAGGGGAUCAACUUGUAAUAUAUGUACACUUGUAUUUGAGCCUUGUAAUUCUUUUGGCUUCAACAACAAAGUUAUAAAAAGACUGUAGAUUGUAUUCAAAUUGCUGUAGAAUUAAUCUGACCAAUAUGAAAGCAGGAAUCCUGAGAUGUGAAAGGUAAAAUCUCUUCACAUCAGUUGUUACUUUUUUGUACUCCCCUUGAUGAAGAUGUGAUCUAUUGUAGGAAAAAGUAUUGCUGCAAUUGUCUUCAGUGUAUAUUCAGAAAGAUAGCAAAAUGAAAGAAAAAAGGUUUAUUCAAGGGCAGCUACUUAUUAUAUUAAGGUUAGAGUAUGGAGGAAAGUAUUCAUAUGUACAUGUAUGUUUGUAAUUUGUACUUGUUGUUUAACAGCAUUUAGAAGCAAAACAUCCAUUCCUUGAAAAUUGUUAUUUCCCUUGUGAUCAAGAGAGAAUAUCAUGAGCCAAAAAAUAAAGAUGCAAAUAAACACUGCUGUAUACCUAAGAUCACUUUGUAGAGACGCAUGUUAUAUUCUUUGAAGAUUCUCACAGAGUUUUUCUCUAUAGCAAAAGCAGAUGACUCACAUGUACAUGGCUGCCUUCAAG